CUGUCACCUGGUAUCUAUCAGCAAUCCCAGCCCUGGUCCAUCUCACUCGCCCGCUGUGUGCUUGAGAACCUAGCUGUCUAAGCGAACUCAGCCGCAAGCAUCCACGUCAGCCCUUGAGCCUUAAGACCUUGGAGACUCAGGACUUUUGAGGGUGAAAUGACGACGCCCAGAAAUUCCAUGAGUGGAGCUUUCCCGGCAGGCCCUAUUGCCAUGCAGCCUGUUCAGAAACUAAUUCCCAGGAGGGUGCCUUCAGUGGUGGGCGCCACACAGAGCUUCUUCAUGAGGGAAUCUAAGGCUCUGGGGGCUGUCCAGGUUAUGAAUGGGCUCUUCCACAUUGCCCUGGGCGGCCUCCUGUUGCUUCACGCGGAGGUCUACGCACCCAUCUGUGUAACUUUGUGGUACCCUCUCUGGGGAGGCAUUAUGUAUAUCAUUUCUGGAUCACUCCUGGCAGCAGCGGAGAAAAACUCCAUGAAGAGUUUGGUCAGAGGGAGAAUAAUAAUGAACUCAUUGAGCCUCUUUGCUGCUAUUUCUGGAAUAAUUUUUUUGAUCAUGGACAUAUUUAAUCUGACAAUUUCCCACUUUUUUAAAAUGGAGAGUCUGAACCUCACUAAGGCUCCCACACCAUAUAUUAACAUAUACAACUGUGAACCAGCUAACCCCACUGACAAGAACUCUCUAGCUAUGCAAUAUUGUGACAGCAUACGGUUUUUGUUCUUGGGCAUUUUUGCAGUGAUGUUGCUCUUUGCCUUCCUCCAGAAACUUGUGACAGCUGGCACUGUUGAGAACGAAUGGAAAAAAAUAUGCUCCAGACCCAAAGCUAACGUAGUUCUCCUGUCAGCAGAAGAAAAAAAGGAACAGGCAAUUGAAAUAAAAGAAGAAGUGGUUGAGCAGAUUGAAAUAUCUUCCCAACCAAAGAAUGAAGAGGACAUUGAAAUUAUUCCAGUCCAAGAAGAAGAAGAAGAAGAAGAAGAAGAAGAAGAAGGAGAAGGAGAAACGGAAAUAACAUUUCCAGAACCUCCCCAAGAUCAGGAAGCCUCACCGUUAGAAAAUGAUAGUGUCCCUUAAACUAGUUUUUUUCUGUUUUGUUUUCUUUUUUUUUAGACAUUAACGUUCACAGCUUCCAAGAGACUUAUUUACCCCCAUUUCUGAAGGCACUCUGCAUGCAGCCUCCAUGUCGCUCUGGUCUUUGCAUGGAGGGACCACAGCUCCCUUCGCCCCGUCCUCGUUCAGAGGAUGAACAUAGGCCAUUGUAGUAGACUGUAUCAUCAUGUUUCUUGUUUAGGACAGCUUUCUUACGUUAAAAAACAAUAGGCUGAAUAAGGGCUUCAGAAUGUGGUUUCUCACUGGUCUGUUCCUUGGAUAAGGUGCAGUAGUAGUCACAGCAGCAGUAGUUCGUUUGUUUUUCCAUUUUUUCCCUCCGCAAUAGGGAGACUCUGCACCAGAUGAAAAAUGUAAGUGACUGCUCCAUGCCGUCCUUAAGCUAUCUUUAAUUCCUUCCACAUCUACAUUUUUCGUGGAGUCUCUUUUGCACCACUGUUUUCAGGAAAGCAAAAAAUAAUAAUGAGGUACAAUAAAGAUCCCAUUCCAUCUAUCUUUAUAUGGGGCUGACACUGUGGCUUCCACACCCCACUGGGGCAGCUCUAAGUGGCCAGUCCUCACCCCUGUCUUUGUACAAACAGCACCGCUUACACAUCUCCGUCUGUCUUAACUUCCCCUAACUCCUCUUCUAGGCUCUUGGUUGCACUGUCUACCUACUUUUAGCCUUUAGGCAAAGGAAGAAAGAAUGAUAGAAAAAGUGCCAUGAGGAGUACCCAAAUUACAAAGGAUAAUCAAUACUUGUAUUUGUAGAAUAUUUUCCAGUUCACAAAGUAUUUUAUCAAAUAAUUGCAACUGAGCUUCCAUGAUCAAGGAAAAAAAAUCCCUAUCCCUAUUUUACAAAUGUUCAAAGAGAAAAUAAGUAAAUAAAUAAGUAAAGGUUAUUUGUCAGUAGUCACAGCAAGUAAUUCUGAGAGCCUGUUUCAUACCUAGAUCUUCUUAUUCAAAUGCUAUAAUGCUUGAAAUAACCAAAUUGCCUAUCGAAUGCCUACAUAAACUACUAGAGCCAAGUCAACAGGUUUUAUCAGCACCUGCUCUCUGACCAGCAUGAAACAGGUGUUGAGAAACACACAAAAGAGUCAGAAGUCAGGUUUUACCCCUUGGGGACAAAAAGACUUAGACAUUCACAACCUUUGAAAAAUCAUUAAUAUACAAUUAGCUGUCAGAUUAUAGAAUGCAGACACUAAGUGCUAUAGACAUUCUGAGAAAGAAGAUCAUGCUUGAAAAUAACAUAAUUACUUAUGAUGCCAAAUCUCAGGGAAUAUUUACCCUAUUUCUAGAUUCUUUUUCAUAUUCAGAGACGUUACUACCCUACAUAGAAAGAAUGUUAAACUAGGAAGACGUCACUAUAAGCUAUCAGCUACAUUUGAGCAUUUGCUACAUGCCGAGUGCUGCCAGGCUCUGGUAGGUACAUAGACAAUGUAAUUUCCACUCUCAGUGCUAUUUCCACUUUGACCACCAAUGGAAGAUAUUUCCUGUGAUUAGGAAAAAAAAAAAGGAAGUGGGACAUUUCUGUCUAUGUCCUCGAAAAUGGCUUUAAAUGAAUAAAACUAUAUGUGUGUUCUCGUCUGCA